UAGAGUUCUAUUUCAGAUAUUUUCAGCAAAGCUUUAGUUGUGUAGUGCAAGGACAUGAUAUUUUCUUAGCAGAACACUGUUGUGUUUUAUAGUUGGUUUGGUUCAGAGAGAGAAAGAGAGUGUGUGUGUUUGUGAGACAUGGAUGAGGUGGUGGUGAGUAGUGAGGAAAUGGAACUGAGAGCAGAGAGUGAGACAGAGAUGGAGAUGGAGACGGAGGAAGAGAAGUAUGAGACAGAGAGUGAGACUGCAGAGAAUAAGAAGAUGAGGAAGAAGACUAAGAAGCUUAGGAAGAGAAAAGGUGGGAAUUCAAGUGGUGUUGUGAGGUGGGAGAAUUUCUUGCGGAGGAUGAGGUUGAGGGUGUUGCUGAUUGAGGCUGAUGAUUCCACCAGACAGAUCAUAGGGGCGCUUCUUAGAAAGUGUAGCUACAGAGUUACUGCUGUUCCUGAUGGCUUAAAAGCUUGGGAGAUACUGAAGGGAAGACCCCAUAACAUAGACCUCAUAUUGACAGAAGUGGAUUUGCCAGCAAUAUCUGGAUUUGCUCUUCUUACGCUAAUCGCGGAGCAUGAGAUUUGCAAAGACAUCCCAGUCAUAAUGAUGUCCACACAGGAUUCAGUAAGCACGGUUUAUAAAUGCAUGUUGAGAGGUGCGGCUGACUAUCUUGUUAAGCCUAUUAGAAGAAAUGAGUUGAGAAAUUUGUGGCAGCAUGUUUGGAGAAAACAAUCUUCAAAUUUUGGCAUAAAUGAUCCCCAAGAUGAGAGCGUUGCACAACAACAGCUAGAGGCCACUUCUGAAAACAAUGCUGCCAGUAACCGUUCGAAUGGUCGGAUGGCUUGUAUUCAGAGAAAUACUGAACAAAUUGAAAAAGGGAGUGAUGAACAGAGCUCUUGCACGAAGCCAGAGUUGGAAGCUGAAAGUGUCCGUGUGGAAAAUAUGCAGGAAUUCUCUCAGCCAAAAUGGGGCAAAUCGUUUCCAAGUGACAUAAUAUUGCAAAACAAAGAAGAAUACUUGAAUUUCGGCCAGAAAUUUCUUAUGCAUGGGAGUGAAGCAGAAGGAUCAGAGGUGGAUAACUGCAAGGAUGAUAACACAACUCCUCUUGGCAAGGAUAUAAGACCAGAAAGUCAAAAUAGGGAUGCUAUUAUCACUAAUGAGGAUUUUGACAAUAAUUAUGUCCUUGUCAACUCUUCUAGAAAAGCCAUUGAUUUGAUUGGAUCAUUCCAUAACCAUCCAAACUGCAGCAGUGAAGGCAUAAGCAAGUUUGAUUCUUUGCCACAAUUGGAUCUUUCAUUGAGAAGAUCUCAUUUCAAUGGCUUUUGUAAUUCAUAUACUGAAGAAAGGCGUACCCUUGGGACUUCUAAUGCCUCCGCCUUUACGAGGUACACUAACAGGGCAUUACAACCUCCACAAACAAAAAUUGCCAAUGCUUGUAAUCAUCAGAAAGAAUAUGGAACAAAUUCUGAACAAAUGUUAUCCAAUACCUUUACUUCUUGUAGCUCUGAUAAUCCUGGUAUCACACAAAGAAGUAUUAUCUCUCUAGCUGCCGGUCAUUCUAAAGAAUCUGAAGUUGCAACUUCAUGCUCUCAACAGAGAGUGUUUCCUGUACCAAUUCCAGUGAAAGGUAUAAGAGUUAAUAAUCUAUACACGGGUUUUGGUUCUGUUCUUCCUCCAAUGUUUUGUACACAAUCUGGGUCAUCACCAACGCCAAGUCCAAAUUCAGUCCCACAGCAGGAACCCUCGUUUCAAAUGAAUAUACUUUAUCAGUCAAGUCUUGAAAAUAAUAAUUUUGAGCAGCAGUCUGACCCACAUGGUCAAAAUACAAAUGAUGCUGCAAACCAGAAUGUGUACAAGCAGGAACACAAAUUGGAUCCUUUGGAGGACCGAGGGCAUGUAUCUUCAGCGACUGAUCAGAGUGCAAGUGGUAGUUUCUGUAAUGGUGGUGUAAGUCAUCAUAAUAGCGUCGGGUACGGAAGUGCUUGUGGAAGUAACAGCAAUGUUGAUCAUGUUGCUUUUGUGGGGGCUGCUCCUGAGAGCAAGAAUGAAGAAGGUUUCUAUCCUCAAAAUGGAAGUUCACACCGAUCCAUCCAAAGAGAGGCAGCUUUAGCUAAGUUUCGCUUGAAGCGGAAAGAAAGAUGCUAUGAUAAGAAGGUACGGUAUGAGAGCAGAAAAAAACUUGCAGAGCAGCGUCCCAGAGUAAAAGGUCAGUUUGUUCGACAGGUGCACAUUGAUCCAUCACCUUCAGAAAUUGAUGGCAAUUCCUACGAUGGUUAGAUAUUGAGCUUCAGGCAAAUUGAAAUGAUUGGCAUAUUUCUGCCUUUCCUGUUAUCGAUGCUUGAGAAACAAAGAGGAAACAACUGCAAGGACCAAGAUGCUUUCUAACACUACUGUGUGUGUAUAUAUAUAUAUAUAUCUUCUCUUUGGAUGUUGGUUCUUAUAAUCCUCUAUACGCUGUAUUAUAGCAUUGUAAUUUCUAUACAUCUUGGUAGGAGAGGCUGCCUGGACAUUCUUUCUUUAUUUGUUGACAUGUAUGUUUCUUCACUCAA